AUGGAUCAGUAUUUGCCCCCAGAUGUAAGAUACACCAUCAAGAAGAAAAUAGUUGAUUCGAUAGAUCGUUCUCUCAAAGAAUGUUCUAUGUUACAACCUUAUAUCCACUGGCAAUCACAUGGAUGGCCUGGCUUGCAAGUUGAAGCAGAUAUGGUGGUGGAAAGUCUAAAAUUUACAGAAGCAAGUUUAACUUCAAUAUUAGAAGUGGAUUUAGAAACUCCCCGGUCAGUAUUUCCAGAAAUUGUGCAAAUAGUUUUAAGUUAUGUUAAACAGACAUCUAGAGAGAUUGUGGAACCCCAGAAAGUUAAUAGUCAAAAUCAAAAAUUAAGAUGGAAAAUGUACGAAGAAUCAAAGAUCGCAAAGAAAGCUCUUCAUAUUGAAUUCCUCAAGUCCGUUCUGAAGAAUAUGUUGCGACACCGUACACUUGCGGUUUUCGCCAACAAUCGACAAUACCAGCUACGCGAGCAGGUGUUCAUAUCAUAUGGAAGAAAAUCUAAUGGAGAGCUGUUGCUGUCAUAUGGCUUUGUUCCAAGGGAAGGCACUAAUCCUAGUGAUUCAGUAGAAUUUUCAUUGUCUCUUAAGAAGUCUGACAAAUGCUACAAGGAGAAGUUAGCAGCUCUUAAGAAGCACGGUUUGUCAGCAUCUCAAUGUUUCCCUGUUCGAGUCACUGGUUGGCCCGUGGAGUUAAUUGCGUACGCUUAUUUAACAGUAAGCCCCCCAAGUAUGAGUAUGAAGUUCGAUGAGCUGGCUGCAGCAGCAUCGAAUAAGACGAAUAGCAAGAAGGAUAUCAAAUUCCCAGAGAUUGUGGAAAAGGCAUUGCAAUUUGUAUUGGAUAGUUGUGAAAUAAGCAUAUCAAAAUACACCAAAAUUUUGCAGGAAAGCGGAUCAAUGGAUUUAGAUGUAACAUCUCCGAAGCAACUUAACCGAAGAUUGUUUCUAAAACAGCUAGCAGUAGACUUGUGUAACAGCGAGCGGAGGAUACUGUUUCGGGCUCAAAAUGUAUUCAACCUGGAGACUUUCAAGUGGUCAUUUGGCAUUCUUUUUUCUCGUUUGGUUCGUUUACCUUCAAUGGAUGGAAAAGUUGCUUUGGUUCCUUGGGCAGAUAUGCUGAACCAUAGCUGUGAGGUUGAGACCUUUCUAGAUUAUGAUAAAUCGUCACAAGGAGUUUACUUCACAACAGAUCGACAAUACCAGCUACGCGAGCAGGUGUUCAUAUCAUACGGAAGAAAAUCUAAUGGAGAGCUGUUGCUAUCAUAUGGAUUUGUUCCAAGGGAAGGCACUAAUCCUAGUGAUUCAGUAGAAUUGUCAUUGUUUCUUAAGAAGUCUGACAAAUGCUACAAGGAGAAGUCUGACAUUUUCUCCUCAUUUUUUUCCCUCUUGAAAGGUUACAAACUACCUUCAGGGAGUAGCUCCUGACCUUUGUGAUCGAAGAAGAAUUGAUGAUUUCAAAAUUGAAGACGAGAACAACAAUAUUAUUAGCAAAAGGUAAGGACUAAAUGGUAUCACAGUAUGUGUAUGUCACUCUUAAGAUGUUAUUGCCUCCCAUAUAACAUGUGUUCUCAGAUCUAGUUGAGUUAAUUUUCAUAAAUGGUGUACAUACAAAACCUUUAUGACGAUGACUCAGGGAAAUCAGGAAUACUGUAUUGACCGACUAAAAUGGUGUACAUACAAAACCUUUAUGACGAUGACUCGGGGAAAUCAGGAAUACUGUAUUGACCGACCACUAUAGAAACAACAUUGGACUGACAGUACUUUGUUGAACUUCGAUUGUACUACCCGAAACGUUUGUUGAUUGCAUGGCACAAUUCCUUGUUGGCCCUCCUGUUCCCAUAACACGUUUGUCCAUGGAGUGUUGCAGCCACAGGUGGUUGUUGAGCUGAUUCCUCCCAGUUCGGCCCAAGGGUGGUGUAGGAAUUGAAGUAAAAUAAGCGGACAGGCCUCACUCGACGACGGCGGCCGCCACCACCAGUAGGAGUAGGAGGAGCUGGAGCAGCAGGCGGAGGAAGAUCUGGAGGCAUACAAGUAUCUGCCGUGGGAGGAGGGGAGAGAGACGACACAGCCUGAGAAAAAACAGAGUUAAUAUACAAAGCAUGUAAUAAGACCUAUUUUCUCUAAGUUAUGAACAGCGCAAUUCAACAAAUCUAAAUUUUUUUAUCACAAGAGUCUUACACAACCUA